GCGCCGAGGACGAGAUGAGCAACUCUGCAAUGGAUGGUUCAUUGAAUACCACGCUGGAGUCAGUUACGCAGAGGACUUUGUACUCUCAGAACUUCAGUCGUUCCUCGUCACAAGCAUCUCAUGCGCUCACCGACCUGUUAUCUCGAUAUGUUUCGCUCCUUGCGACCACUUGUGCUCGUUAUGCUGAGCAUGCAGGUAGAGCAUCUGUGUCUGUACCAGAUGCCAUGCUAGCAUUAAAUGAACUUGGAGUCUCUGUCGAUGAACUGAAGGAUUAUGUAGAAGGCGAGGGUCGUGAGAUGUCGGUAGAAAACUACGCAUUUCAAACGGAGGAACGAAGGGAGUGGUUUGUGCGGUUAAAAGGAAUCCUUAACGAAGGCCGAAGAAUAGAGCAUGACGACGCUGUAGCGCUUGUAUACGCAGAAGUACCGGAGAUGGAGUUGAAUGGGCAUUGGUCCGGGGGCGAAGACGACGCAGAAGCCAGCGAAGAUGAUGAAUACGAUUUGAGACAAAAGAUGAAUGGCGAUGCGACAAUGUAUGAAGCCGAAAUCGAUGGUAUUCGAAUGGCGUCGCCAGUCCUUCCUCUCUCACCAAUAUCAAACCCGUCAUCCCCAUCAAGAAAACGACCACGAUUAGCAAGCUGGAAUCCCCCCUCUCACAUCCCAGAAUACCUCCCUCCAUUACCGCUAGCUCGAAACGGAGAUGUUGAUCACCUACCUUCACCUCACGUCAAAUCAGAAUUGGAAGCGGAUCACUCAGCGUUCAUUACCGGGUCGGGAGGUUCAGAAGAGUUCCAGCCGUUGGACACGACGUCAUCUUCUGCUGCUGACUAUCUUACACCUGUACAAGCUAACUCGUCGAACUUGGCAUCGGUACCUGCGGCUUUCCUUCCAGAACGACACAACUACAAGAAAGCCCUGUCAGGCCAUAGCCAUGCCUUACAACUCCAACCUCGCAAAUAUCCGACGCCAGAUAAAGACCCAGCACUUUAUAGCGCAUACCAUCAUUUACUCACCAACCCCCCUUCAUCAUAUCCGUCAACGAACCCUGCACGUCACCGUGUUGCAUUGGCGAUGUUGUAUCAGGCAUACUCUAAUCCUCGAUGGACGGCCGCAGACACUCUCUUCGGUAGUGCUGCUGCGCCGAAGCCCAGGGUAGUCGCUCCAGGACCGUCGUUCCCUAUCCCAAUUGGCCCUAAGGGGAAGGAAGAUCAGCCCUCAUUCAUGCCACCUUCAUCUUGGCGGUCUAUAGCAGCGAACGAAUGCGUGGCUCCUCCCAGCUAUCAGCCAAGGUCUCGGAUCCCAGAUAUCACAAGGGCGAUUCUACCAUUCCCCGUGUUCACUCGAGCUACUAGACUAAAUCCUCCGCCCCCACUUGUCAAUAGCUCGACGAAGGAAAAACUCCUCUAUGGUGCUGGUGUUCCCGCUUUGUGGAACUCAAACUCGACUAACCAGCAGGGGAGCACAAACCAGCCCGGGAAGAGCAAGGGAAACGUGGAUGAUGGAGGCGAAGAUAGGCAGCAUGCUCAUAAUGAGAAAGACUCCAAUGUAUUACCGGAUGCGAUGUUACUCGCAACAUGGGAUUGGGAGACUCAUGAUUUCCGCCAACCUCCUCCGCAUCCCAAGCGCGUAAGGGCACUGAGCAGUUUCAAUCUCAACUCGAUAAGCAACGCCGGGUCGACCGGUGUUGAUGGUGUCGCUCAGCCUGGGGGCCCAGUCCGAAAGAACUCGAUAAAAAUCGGCAAGGGGAAGUAAGGUAUUUAAUUGUAGACCGGGAUAAUCGUAAUUCUAUAAUACGGGAAAUCACUGCAGUUCUCUGUCUCCCUUUGUCCGAGUUUAUGUCCUACAUUUGCUG